AGAAGAGGACGAGGAAGGAGAGAGAGGAAAAGGGAGCGCAAGAAGCGGGUGUUGCAGCCAUGUCAGACACACCUUUGCAGCGGAACGGCACAGCAAAUGCCCCGAUGUCGUGUGAGGAGGCUCAACUCCACAAAGAGAGGCUGCAGGCCUUGGCGGAGAAACGGAAGCGGCAAACUGAAAUUGAAGACAAAAGAAGCCAGCUUGAUGACCUGCUGCUGCAGCUGCAACAUGUCAAGUCCAAAGCUAUGCGUGAGCGGUGGCUCCUCCAGGGCAUGGGAGUGGAAGAAGAGGAGGCACGGCGGAAACAGCUGGAACAAGAUGAAGAGCAAGGAAAGAGGCUGGAAGACAUGAUACACAGGCUCGAGUCUGAAAUCGGUGCACUCGAAAGUGAAGAGUCUCAGAUUUCAGCCAAGGAGCAAGUUCUUCGAGAACGCCUGAAGGAGACAGAGCGCUCGAUAGAAGACCUGCAGAAGAGUCUGAUGUCCCAGGAUGAAGAUGCCACUGGCUGCAUGUCUGCUCCUCUCUCGGACUGCAUGGACCCCGAUCCCAACCACCUCGCCCUGGCCACACAGCACCAGACUGGCCCACCUGCCCUGGGUGAGAACGCCAGACCAAGACCUGCCAUGUUUGCCAUGGAGAUCAACGUGCAGCACGACCCACGGACUGGUGAGCAGCGCAUCCUCUCGGCCAACCGUGUGAACCCGUUGGAUGCAGCUUCACGUGGGGUCAAAGUCUACGACGAUGGCAGAAAAGUGGUCUAUGAGGUCACUUCCUCUGGGGGCGUGUCCACCACCACUGUAGAGAAUGGCUGGAGCUCUGAACAGGUUGACCAGCUGAUCCAGAGAGCUGCCAGACCUGUAGUACGAGGUGGGGAUGGCGGGAGGAGUCAGGUGACAGUGACUCCAGCUGCCCCACAGACAUAUGUUUCUCCAGCAGAUGUUGAUGAUCUGUCCCCCCCCUCCUGUGCCCCGCCAUCCAUCCCUUCUAGCCCACCAGCCCAGGUUACCCUCCAGAGGGAAACCCGUCUGGGCAUGAUGCCCCCCUCCUCUCCUGCCGUCAUGACCCAACCAACAUCCUCAGGCCAGCCGGGCACUGAGCUCACUUCCCCGCCCCAGGCCAGCGUGGAGCACCCAGUCACCAUGGUGUUCCUCGGCUACCAGGACGUUGAAGACAUGAGCGAGAGCAGACAACUGUUGGGAUUCGAUGGCGCUGUGAAGGCUGAGGUUGUUCUCAUCGAUGAAGAUGAUGAGAAAUCACUGAGAGAGAAAACAGUCACCGACAUCUCCGUCAUCGACGGCACAGCAGCAGACCUCGUGUCGGGCCGACCAGUCACGUCUGAAGCUGUCAGCACCGAACUGUCUUCUGAUGGCCGUGAGCCUGACAGUACCUCCUCGCCCCCUGCAAAUCCAGAAGCCAACACGGUCCCCCCACCCGGCCUCACCCCUGCUACAGUCUACAAUCAGACACCUGGAGUUACUUUGACAACAGCAAACGGAUGCCAAUCUCCAACUGCAAACACAAAUCUUCACACUGCUAUGAAAUCAUGGCAAGCAGAGGAUGUCAGUGACUCAGUCCCGAGAGAGCGAACCCUGAAAACUGUCAGUUUCCAGGAGUCAGUCAGCGUUAUCACUGACAGGCCUGCAGCCAUGGAACUGGAGAGCCAGCAGAUCCAGCACGACUGUCUCAGCAGUCCCAGUAACAGAGCCCACAGUCCAGUUGGAAUGAAAGUAGAGACUCCUGACAGUGAGGUAGUGCAGGAGAUCUGCUACCUGGACCAGGUGUUAGAUGCAGCCUCAGAAACACCCACAAAUGGGAACUCCUCUCUGUCACUUCACACCAAAUCCAUCAGCAUAGAUGGAACUUCUCCUUCUGUGUGUGUGUCACCCUCCUCCCCUGUCAAUCACCACGCGAUCGUUGUGGAGGGACAAAAACAAACCACGUUUCUCCACCAGGACGAGUCUGCCGUUAAAACCAACGGGCACGUGCAGGGAGACGAGUCUGGGGGCAGCAGGGCAAAGUUUGAGCUGCGAGCAUUUCAGGAAGAGAAACGCCCGGCAAAGCUGUUCACCCCUGGAGAGGAGCAGCAGGUCAGGGUGACGAGGAGACGUCCCUCAGAGGAGGUUCAGGAAUUGGAGCGUGAGCGUCAGGAGCUGAUCAGAGACCAGGCAGUGAAGAAAAACCCUUCGAUUGCCCAGCGCUGGUGGAACCCUCCUCAGGAGAUCCCUUUGGAAGAACAGCUAGAGGCUGAUAAGCUUGAGUCUCUCAGGAAGUACCAGGAGAGGAAACAGCAGCGACAGAAUCACACUUAUGCAUACACACAGCCUCAUGUGUCAGGCCCUCCCACUGUGGUAACCCUUGACUCAGAGCUAACCAGGAAGGAGGACAUCGUGGAGGAGCAGAUCAACUUCUCUUCUGCCAGGAAGCAGUUUCUGCAAGGGGACGCUACCAAGAAGGACGUAGCUCCUCAAAUAUACUCUGCCAAACCCUUCUCGAAAUCCACAGCCAGGGGCAGCCACGGGAGCAGUGACUUUGUUGCAGAAACUGGGGAGACACACGUGACCUGGUCUGAUGAAAGAACUAAAGAUGAAUUCACAUGUGUGCGAGCUGUGAUGACAGUCCUACCUGAGGAAGAGGAAGCAAAAGGUCAUUUCCAUCCAGCUUUUCACCCAGAGGAGUCUGACUCAGGACUGGACGAGUUAUCGGUCCGCUCUCAGGACACUACUAUAUUUAGCUUGGAUAAUGUUUCCGACAGCGGGGCUUCGCUACCCCCUACGCCAUUGCCACUUACCCCUGUGUCACCACCUACCCCUCAGCCAACUACUCCAGUCAACGGGCAGACGAGUGGCAGUCCAACAGAAGAUGAGCUGGAGUACCACGCUGGGGUUCUUGUUCAAAAUGCCAUCCAAAAUGCCCUAGCAGCUGAAAACGGAGAAGACUGGCAGCAAGCUGACUUGAAUUCUUCACAGCUGAGUACCCCUGCAUCUCCAUGCUCUGUAUCCACAAGCAGCCCAGUGCCAGUUUCUUCCUCCCCUGUGUCUUCUGGUGGAGCCCCCAGUUUCCAGUCACCUGUGUCCUCCAGUCCUGCGCCAUCCAACCCAUCCCCACAGCCAGACAGGCAGCCAGUGGUGAGAGUUGUUUCCCAAGAGAAGCCAUCAGAAUCACAAGAGGCUCAGAAGCAACAGCAGUCCCCAAGUCCAGCACAAUCACAGCUCCAAACGCCUUCUCCUCCACCGUCUCAGCCUGUCUCUCCACCACAGAGGCCCAGAGACGGAGGUCCCAGGAUCAAAAUCCAGUCCUCCUACACCAGAGCGCUUGCUUCAUCAGCUCCAGCCCCAGCUCCUGCGCCUGUGGCUGCUCCUGCCACAACAGGUCCUGUCUCCAGGCCAACCCCUGUAUACCGUCCCCCGUCUCCUCCAAGCCCAGAGAAGCCAGAGUUCAGCUACUUCAGUAAAUACUCAGAGGCAGCUGAACUGCGUAGCACGGCGGCAGCAGCACGAGGGCCAGAGGUGGAGGCGGCUAGCGGCCCGUUCCGCCUGCGCUCCAAGAAGCAGCGAACUCUGUCCAUGAUUGAAGAGGAGAUCCGAGCAGCUCAGCAGAGAGAGGAAGAACUGAAGAAGCAGAGGGAGGCGCAGCCUACCGGUGUUGUCCGGCCCAGCAGCACUUCCAGCAGUAGUCAUGGACCUGUGAGGACGGGGAUGCGGCACGCCACUAUUUCCCCCGCAGAUAAGAUGAAGAGCAACAGUUUGCCAACUAGACUCACAUUGACAGCACGGACAGCGCCAGGAAAAAUUGAGAAAGUUCGACCUGCGCCACCUGUCUCCCCCUCGACCUCUGAAGGAGCCCUGUCUGAUGCUGGCAGUGAGGACUCUGGAGGAUCACGACCCAAAAACUUCAUGCAGACUCUUAUGGAAGACUACGAAACACACAAAGUGAAGAGGAGAGAGAAAUUGGAGGACAACAGUUAUGCCCGUUUGUUGCUGGCUAACGAGGUAACCACUGAGGUUCUGGAGGCCACUCGUGUGACCAGGAGGAAAAGCGACAUGGCACUGAAGUGGGAAGCCGGCAUCUAUGCCAAUGAGGAUGGCAAGGAAGAAGAAGAAGAGGAGGAAGAAGAGGAGGAGGAGGAGGAGGAGUAAAAAGCUCCCUUCAGAGACAAAUACCAGGCCAAUUGGAGAGAAUGAAGGAAGAGAAAGACUGAAGGAAAAGUGACAAAGCAGGAAGGAAAACUAUUUAUUUUAUUAAGAGUAUCUGAAGAUCACAUGACCCCAGCAGUCAGUGGGGCUUUUUGGACCUGAAAACUAAAGGUAUAUUAGCAUGUUAAGUGGCUGAGGAUGUGGGAGAUAUGUGAAGGUGGUGAGCAAUGAAAGAGACACUUCAAAUGUGUUUAAUGGUGGUUUUAGAGCAACGUUUAGUGUUUUUAAUAGCUGGUAGAUGCUAAAUGACUGAAAUAUUCUUAGGAUUUUUCACCUUUAUGCUAUUAUUCAAAUAAGAUCUAAAGCUUUUAUUUUGACUGGUUGCCUGAGACUCUCUGAUGGUGGUUUCAUCUGCACAUGCUUUAUAAUAACCGCAGUCAUCUUCUGAAAGUGUGGAAAGCUUUUAAUCAAGUGGACAAUAUAAAAGAUAGGCAGAUGCAGCUAUUCAAAGAAAAGAAAGUUCUGAGAGGAAGUAGACAAGGAGAGGCCAGAUCACCCUCUUAUUUUUUGUAAUUUCAGAAAUACUUUUACCUGGUUUUACUGCUGGAAAGCUGGUGUGUUUUCCAGGAACCGAACCAAAAGGUGCCCCAAGGCAUCACUUUCAGAGCCCAUAAUGGCACAGUGCAGAUAUGACACAAGUUUGACAUGCUUGCCAGGAGCUUUUGCCUUCUUGUCAAUCAACUUUACUGAAUUUUGAGGGGUCAGCAUCCUUUUUUUGUGAAAUGCUAGUCAGGAAAUUUGCAAAACUAGCAAAUCUAAACUUGCCUUAGACCACCUGCUUGUCGGUGCACGGUAUGUAUUGUAUCCUGUAUUACUACACCGUCAGUAGACCUUAGAGAAAAUAAGCAACGACCUUAGAUAGAAAGUUUGCCUGUAAUCGCUUCUUUUCCAGUGCAAAAAGAACGAAACAUGAGGGGGAGGGGGGGAUCUACCUGCUGGUAGUGCUUGCACCAUUUGAGUGAAUGUGUGUGUUAAUUAAAGGGCUGGGUCAGGGGUUUUAUAUUAAAAAAAAAAAACUUAUUUUACCUUUGUUGGCUACGUCGCUUUGUUGACCUGUGCUUUCUGAUGAUGUAAGCAGUUGUUUCAUGUAUUAUACUGAGGUAGGACUGUGUAUUUGACCUAUGAACGUCUGUAUCUACUUGCUAGCCGAGGAUAAAGUUUGAUGAAAAAAAUAAUCAAAAAAGGUUUUUAUAAGAAGUUGUUAUACCAAAACAGAAUGUUAUUUAGAGAAAACCCGCCAGCCUGAGCUCUUCACGUCAUUUUUAAGGCGUAGAAGUGUGCGAAUGGAUUCACACUCCUUUUCUAACCUGAAACAAGCACAUCUGAAAAAAAAAGUGCAGUGGCAAAAAGAAGGCAAUAAAGGUCUUUCGAGAUGCUGAACAGACCUGUGCUGUAAGUUGGGCUUGUAAAGGGUUUUUUUUGUUUUUUUUACUAACUGUAUUGUGACUGAAUUUUGCAGAAUAACAUUGAUUUUCUGUUUUGAAGCAUUGAAAUCAUACAAAGUGACGAGGAAAAACAGGAUUCAGCUUCAAGAGUAAAUACACUUUAACACAACCACACUUCUCCCUGGAGUAUAACAGACUGUCUUUAAUUUAAAAUGAAAAGUAGAAAUGUGUCAAACUGGCUGUGGAAACGGUAUUUCUGAACCACUUUUGAUUGUAUUCCUCUGUCGUAGCCUGUGAGAUUUGUUUCUGCGUCCAGAUGAGGAGAAAAAAAGCGUUUUUGUAAACCAAAAGUCACAGUUUUGACCUGUCCAAGUGUCCUUCAGCAAGGCAGCAACUUCUCUCUUUGCUUCCAAACACACUGAAUGUAUGCUGAGCUAAACCACAGAUGUAUUUGCUGGACAUCUACUAACCUAUCAAGUCAAGCCACCCUUUGCAACUUGUUCCACUCGGCUGUCUUGUGAUAUGCUUUGACAAGAAAGCGUGGCACAAACGCCAUAAACCAAAAGUGAAAACCAAGGACUCCUGACUCUGCGGUGUCCACUUCCAUCAAACCCGAAACAAAUAAUAUUAAAACCCACACAUAUGUUCCACAGAAUCAUCCAAGUUCUCCUUUCAGGGUCUUCUGUGGUGCAGCAGAGGUGCAGUGUCUUUAACGCUGGUAUGAGAUUAUUUUUGACUUAAAGGCUAAAAGACAACAGGACGGAAAAGGUUUUCAUCCAUGUGGGAACCAAUCAAAGUUCUCAGUAGAGUCGCUUUUGAAACGUACACACAGAGGAAUUAUUGAAUGGUGUGAUUUAUUAUUAUUAUUAUUAUUAUAAUUAUAAUUAUUAUUAUUAUGCUUUUGAUGUUUGAAUUUAUGGUGCAGAGAUGAUUUUAUUUAUCAUUUUAAAUGCUGGUAGCUUGUUUUCGGCCUACAGAGCUUCUCCAGUGUGGGACUCACUGUUUGUGUGUGUGAUAAAGCAAUCUUAUUAAUACAAUAUAAACACAGUAUAACCCCUGUUUCUAUGUUAACCACUUGUAUGCUCAUACUCUGCUUUGUUAUUUUAUAGCACAUGUAAGGCUCACAGUUACACACCCACUAUACAUAUUAUGAAUAUUUUCUCAUUAAAAACAAAACCUGUA